AGUCCAGAAAUCCCCAGACUUUGGGGAUCGCCUGCCUGCCUGCCUGCUCCAAGGCACUGGAGAGGAGGGAAGGUGUGGACCCACCCUGGAGGAGGACUGAGCGAUAGGCUGAUAAAAACGAAGACUAGUCUGCUCCCUGACUUAGGCACAAGGGGCCUGGCUGGGACGAGGAACAUCUGCAUCCAGACGGUGGAACGAGGCAGCUUCGGUGAUCGGGAGGUAACAGAGAGACCAGAUAAAUAGGGAGCCUUCUAGGGGAUGCUAAGAUGCUGGCCGUGCCAGAGUCUCGGAUGCACAGUCUGCAAAUAAGUACAAAUGGGGAGCAGUCACCUUUGCUCACCCCUCCAAGCUCUCCGAAGAUGCAGGACAGCUGUAGCAUUGCUCCACUCACCCCUUCUCAGUCCCCGAGGAGUGAGGCCAGAGCCCCUCGGCCUGCUCCAUUCUCCGUGGUGGUGGCCAUCGACUUUGGCACAACCUCUAGUGGCUAUGCCUUCAGUUUCACCAAUGACCCUGAAUCCAUUCACAUGAUGAGGAAGUGGGAGGGCGGGGACCCAGGUGUGGCCCACCAGAAGACGCCCACCAGCCUGCUGCUGACCCCGGAGGGCGUCUUUCAUAGCUUUGGCUACACAGCCAGAGACUACUACCACGACUUGGACCCCGACGAGGCUCGAGACUGGCUGUACUUUGAGAAGUUCAAGAUGAAGAUCCACAGCACCAGUGACCUCACCAUGAAGACGGAGCUAGAGGCUGUGAAUGGAAAGAAGAUGCCAGCCCUGGAGGUGUUUGCCCACGCUCUGCGGUUCUUUAAGAAACACGCUGUGCAGGAGCUCAGGGAACAGUGCCCAUCGCUGCCGGAAAGGAAUGCCAUCCGCUGGGUACUCACCGUUCCUGCCAUCUGGAAGCAGCCAGCCAAGCAGUUCAUGAGGGAAGCUGCCUACCUGGCGGGCUUGGUGUCCCCCGAGAAUCCCGAGCAGCUCCUCAUAGCCCUAGAGCCCGAAGCCGCUUCCAUCUACUGUCGAAAGCUCCGUCUCCACCAGCUCAUUGACCUGAGCUGCCGGCCGGUGUCCAAUGGCUUCCUGGGCGAGCGGCGCUCCAUCGACUCCAGCUUCCGCCAAGCCAGGGAACAGCUCCGAAGAUCACGCCACAGCCGUACCUUCCUGGUGGAGUCAGGUGUUGGAGAGCUGUGGGCAGAGAUGCAGGCAGGUGACCGCUACAUCGUGGCAGAUUGUGGGGGCGGUACUGUGGACCUGACCGUGCACCAAAUAGAGCAGCCCUUGGGGACCCUCAAGGAACUCUACAAAGCUUCAGGGGGCCCCUAUGGGGCAGUUGGGGUGGACCUGGCUUUUGAGCAGCUGCUGGGCAGGAUCUUCAGCGAUGACUUCAUCACCACCUUCAAAACCAAGCGCCCAGCGGCCUGGGUGGACCUGACCAUUGCCUUCGAGGCCCGCAAGCGAACAGCCGGGCCGCACCGCGCCAGCCCCCUCAACAUCUCCCUGCCCUUCUCCUUCAUCGACUUCUACCGCAAGCAGCGGGGUCACAACGUGGAGACGGCCUUGCGCAAGAGCAGCGUGAACUUUGUGAAGUGGUCCUCCCAGGGGAUGCUGAGGAUGUCCUGCGAAGCCAUGAAUGAGCUGUUCCAGCCCACCGUCAGCCAGAUCAUCAAGCACAUAGAUGAGCUGCUGGCCCGCCCGGAGGUGCAGGGGGUGAAGUUUUUGUUCCUCGUGGGGGGCUUCGCCGAAUCAGCCGUGCUCCAACACGCGGUGCAGGAGGCCUUCACCGGCCGAGGCCUGCGGGUCAUCAUCCCCCAGGACGUGGGCCUGACCAUCCUGAAGGGCGCCGUGCUGUUCGGCCUGGACCCCGGCGUGGUCCGAGUGCGCCGCUCGCCACUCACCUACGGCGUCGGGGUCCUUAACAAGUUCGUGGCUGGCCGCCACCCCCCGGAGAAGCUGCUGGUCAAGGAUGGCAAGAGCUGGUGCACCGACGUCUUUGAGCGUUUUGUAGCGGCCGACCAAUCUGUGGCCCUAGGAGAGGUGGUUCAGCGCAGCUACUGCCCCGCCAGGCCGGGCCAGCACCGCAUCCUCAUCAACAUCUACUGCUGCGCGGCCGAGGAUGUACAGUACAUCACCGACCCCGGCGUGCGCAAGUGUGGGGCCAUCAGCCUCGAGCUGGCCCCGGCCCCUCCGGGGGCGACUCCCGCCCGCCGGGAGAUUCGGGCCUCUAUGCAGUUUGGGGACACAGAGAUCAAGGUGACCGCUGUGGAUGUCAGCACUUCCCGGACUGUGCGUGCCACCAUCGACUUCCUCUCCAACUGAGGGCGGGGGGGAACGAGGCUUAGCCUGGAGACCCCCGUGGCCCAUUCUCCCUUCAACAUCUCAUGUUCCCCCCUCUGCCCAGACCUCCACCUUCUCCCCCAAGUGCCCUCCAACAGCCCCAAUCCCUUCUCCCAGUCCUGCUUCUCGAGACCCAUCCUCCAGAUUUCUACCUUCCCUCCUCUCCUCUUCCUCCUUUCCCUCCCUACCUGUUCAUUUCACUUUCCCCCUAUCCAGCCCACAUUCUUCCAUUCCCUCUUUUUAGGCUUGGAGCCACCCUUCCAUGGCCCCAAAUUCUGCCUUCAUUUCCCUGCGCUGUACUUGGGCCGGGGAUGAAAAGAGGGACCUUGAAAAACUUCCUAAAGCACAGCACCAGGAUCCAAGACCAACGGAGGGCACUACUGGGCUAACUCGGGGUCCGCACCCCCCACCCCAGGGAGUUUACACGGGCAACCCCGCUGAGAGGAAGCCCUUGAGAAGGUGCUGGGGGGUGCCCGGUGAAGGAGAAGGCAGGAAUUUGGUGGGCGAGGGUCCUCCCCAGAAUCGUGCCGGGGGAGCCCUAGAAUUCAUUCCUGGGUAGGCCAAACUGGCAAGAGUCACCUCUACUGCCCACGGAAGAGGGUCGAAUGGGAGGGGGAGAUCCCCAGCGUCCCAAUCCCCCACCCUGUCCACAGAAUCAUAGAAUGCUGAAGCUGGAAAGGGCUUCAGAGACCACCCAGCCCAUCUGAACCACAGGGGAGCCUGAGGCCCAGAAAGGUUAAGCUACAAGCCUGUGGGUCACCCAGUAAGCAAGGGACAGAUGAGAUUCAAACCCUGCUCUCCUCCCCCUGUGCGACUCUUUCCUAUAUAGCUCCGCAUGCUUCGCUUUGUCUUACUGGGAAAAGGGGUGCAGGUAAAUUCAGAUUCUAUUUUUAUAGCUUAAACCCGUCCUCCAGCCUGGACCCUAUCCUGCCACGGAGGAGAGCUGAGAGUGGAAAAUGGAGAAGGGGAGAUUCGGUGACCCUCGCUUUGGGGGGAUGGCGUAGCCCUGUGUCCCUUGACCAGCAAGGCCCUGGGGAACAAAGAAUUCUACACAGCACUUAGUGACUUCUCUGGCUUACCAGGCAGCACCCCCCAGCACCAGGCUAGAAUGGAGAUCUCGUGGACCCCCGGGAGGGUCCUGCCCCCUAAGGGGGAUAACAGAAGCCAAGCACACGAGGGACUGACGGACGCAGGCCAAUGACACACAGAAGGGGCUGAGGCCGAUAAAGCCCCUACUCAGUGGUGUGAAGAGCAUAAGCCCAUCUCACCGGGUAGGGCCUGGAAAUAUUAGACAAUGGCAGUACUUGACAAGUAGGGGAGGGGGGUACUACGUUCAGUUUUCACUAACAGGGUAAUAUUACUAGUCAGAAGUAUAUUCCUAGAGUAACCAAGUUACUGGCAGGUAUCUAACUAGGCGGGAUAGUUACUAGCAGGGUAAGGUACUAAUGGGGUGGCUGGACAUAAAGAGAACAAUGAGUCCUCAAGAGGUUAGUCUAACAAUCCAUACGGGAAAAACCAAAUGGAUGAAAAAUGCACGUUGUCCAGUCUGUGACACGUAGUUGUACAGAUAGUCUGCUGAGUCAGGAUGUCAGAACAUCACUGAAGAUGGACAACGGAGGAACACGUGGAACCUGAGGAAAACGGGCUGCAUUGUUUCAGAAACUGCUCAGGGCUUUCCACAAUCUCCACUGAGACCCAACUUUUUGACAUAAACAUUCUCUCGGUGAUGGUGGAGAUUCUCAGGAGAUUGACAAGUUGUGGGCGAUACCAAAGGCUUUAAAGAGACGAACGGGGAUGCGAGUAGGCUGCGCCAUGUUUGCAACAAUGACCUCCCUGGGGACGUUUGUGGAGAGGGUAUAUGAUCAGGUGGUCACGGAGCCUAUGAGAAGGAGAGCGGAUGGACUGAGAGUGUUUGAAGACAGAGAAGUGGCUCCUCCCACGUUGGGUGGACCUUUGGCGACCUACGGCAAGACACGGAUGAAAAUCACACCAGUUGGAGUCAUGGAUGGGUUGUGAGCUGCAGUGGUCAAAGAAUACCGGCAGUGAUGAGAUCACAGCUCUGCUGAGCAGGGAUGGAUGUUUGUAGCCAGAGUAAUUACCAGGAGUCACGUUAUUAGCAGGGAGAUGUUAGUAGUAGGGAAAACGCCUUCGUAGGGUCAUGUUAUUAGACAGGCAAUGUUACUAACACAGCAGCUUACUGGAGUAUUGUUACUAGUCAAGUAUGUCACUGUCUGGGGUAGUGUUACGAGGGUCAUUGUCAGCAGGGUGAUGGACCCUGGGUAGGGGUGAGAGUGGGGAAUAUUUCUUACAUAGCUCAGGUCACUCAAGCAGGCCUCAGAGAAAUUUGUCAUUUCCCUGCAGUAAAAAGUCCAUGAGGAAUUUCUUCUAGGGUCUAAACAGAUCCCCCCCGCCCCUCAAGAGGAACAAAGACCCUCCGCACCACCAGGUAGAGCUGGAUGGUUCUCUAACUGGGGAGGGAGCUCUGGGACUGCUGUCAGAGAAAGCCACAUUCUUAAUAAAGCAUUUAAGUCCAA